AUGGAUGAUGACGACAAGACCAAGCGUCGGGCCCGGUCAUCCGGCAAUCCCGACAGACUUCUUGGCGAGGCCAUCCGUGCUGAUGCGGCCGAGGCACGCCGGAGGAAGGCUGCCGAAGCGGAAGCCGCGGCGGAGGCCGAAAGAGUGGUCGAGAGGGCCGAGAUGGAAGAGGCGAUAAGAGUUGCUGCCGAGGCCGAGCGUCGAGAGGCGGCGGAAAAAAGGAUGAAAGCGAGGGAAGAGUGCGGCCCGUGCGAUGACUAUGAUUCUGAUGCCGACUCGGAACGUGAUGACGAAGAGGUUCCGGAUCGUCCUCGCUUGAAGGGCAUCCCUGAGAUUAUCAAGAUGCCGAAGCAUGCCGAAUCCAAACUGCCGCGUAUAACGGAUGGCAGGACGUGGAUGACUCCUGAGAUUCUUACAGCGCUGACGAAGAGAGUUGGCUUUUCGGGUUGUAUUGAGUUCCGGAUUCCGAAAGAGCACGAGAGGCCUUAUGAUGCUCCGCCGGCAUGGAUAUGCGUUUACGAAUGCUUUUUUACUGAGUACGGAAUGAAAUUCCCUUUGCCUUUCUUGUUGCUGAGAUUCGCCUCUGAACGAGGUGUCGCCGUUAGCCAACUGACUCAUGGCGUCUUUCGUCACAUGGUUUUCACGGAAGCCUUAGCGAAGGCCGCGAAUGUCACGUUCGACCGUUAUCUUUUUGAGAACGUCACAGAUCUUCGCGCCGGAUCCAAAUGGGAGGGGAGCUUCAAGCGUUUCCACACCGCGAUGCGUCAUAGAAUCGUCUUCGGCAAUUAUCGGGAUAAGAUCCCCGACUGGAAACGAUACUUCUUUUUUGUGAAGAUUAGCAAGGCGUCGGUUGGGAAUUUCAAAUCCGAGCAGAUCAAAACCGAUUGGGUUUCUUCGCCGGAUCCAUUACGACGAGCCAGGCCGAGCACCGCCCUUAAAAAUAAAUUCAACGCUUUGAGGGAUCUUAGUCAUCGGAUCUGGCCCGAGGUCGUGGAGAAGCUUGAGAGAGAGAAGAGAGAGAGGAAGGAGAGGAAAGAAGGGAGAAGCAAGCCUGCUGUCCCCGUGACUCCAGUAUCCACGAGGUCGCCCCGACUCAAGAAGAAACCGAUGGGUCUUAGAAAGAGGACCGCCGUACCGAUUGACGACGUUGUCAUUGUUUCUGAGCCGGCGUUUAAGAAGAAGAGGGUUGGAUCCCCAAGGUCGAGGGACUCUCCUUCUCCUUCUCUCCGGAGUUCUUCUAUCGCGUCGCGUACGAGGGCUUCGGCGAGGAGGACCUCGUCUUCUGCUCCGAAAAAGGUUCCAGAAGGGGUGGUCGAGCUUGAUUCCCCUCCUUCGGACCGUGAUGGUAAUGCAUCCCGUCGAGAUGAGAGUGCUCCUCGUCAUGAUGACGACGUGAUGACCCCGCCAUGCGGUACCUCGCCUGUUCAGGAGGAGGAGUUCCUUACUUAUCGUGAUGACGGUCCUUCGUUUAACCGAGGCGGUGGUCUCGGGGGAGAUGAAUCGCGUCGACGCCCUGAUGACAAGGCAGUUUCUCGCCGUUCGGAGGCGCACGGUUCUGCUCCCGAACCGAAUCUUGAUGCCAAAGACGACAGCGUGCUUCCGAAGCCCGAACCUGAGGAUUACAAUCCUCAUGCAUUCAAGAUGCGGUGGAGUUAUACCAAAAGAGUGAAGACUGUCCAGACGGCUCUAUCGAGAGAACAGCGCCCAACCGCGCAGUCCGGCUGGCCGAGGAACGAUGUUCCGCGCUCGGCCAAACUCGUCCGUCCGACUGAAGUCUCGGCCAAAGUCCAAAACCACUCGGCCGAUCACGCAUCACGACCCGGGAAACAAGCCCGCGGUCGGCCACGCCACACGCCACGCCAACCGCGCACGACCAAAGCGCGCGAGCCGGGAACAAGCCUCGCGGCCGCGCAACUCCGUUCGCGUACCACGGCCGACGCUCCGUCCGAGCCGGGAGAACGUCCCGCGUCCGGCCGAGAGAUUUCAUCGGCCAAAUCUAUCCGCUCGACCACGCCGCCGACCGUGAAUCCGUCCGACCCCGACCGUUCCGACUCGGCCACGACCCGAUUGUCCGGCCGAUCGUCCCGCACGACCGUCCCAACGCCGCGGUCGACCCGAAGCCCUUUUUGA